AAUGCAUAUGAGACUAGUUGUCUCCAACGACAACACAGUGUUUGGGAGUGAUUCAUUAUAGCUGCACAGCAUCAUGUUUACAGUUACCCUGCUAUUGUUUGUGCUCACACCUGAUCUUGUGUUUGGAAGUGAGGUUGUUAUUGUUCCCCUAGUGGAAAGUGGUCAAUGUAACACUGAGAUUGUGGCGGAUGAGGGCGACAUACUGGUCAGCGAGACGGUAAAGCGAGAAUUUGGCAAGAUGGAAUUCUCACUAUUUUGCCCGCAACGAUAUCUCCCUAAAACGUGCCACAUUUGCGGUUUUGGUACGAAAUUGAAGGGUUUAAAGCUGUUUGUGGCCAAGACCUCGGAGGAAAAUGAGGAAUUAAUAGCAGGAUGCAGUACUCGGAUAGUGAACAUAAACGACAACCCUCUUAAAGAGCUCCCAAUGACAGUUGUGUGUUCUCCGAGAGCGAUACCAGAUCCCUGCAACCUGGUGAAGUCAAACUCAAUACAAGCUCACCAUGUUCACUUCAUGCGGAGUAGGACAGCUACUGUACAGUGUAACCCGGGUUUUGUUAUGCAGUCCUGUGCACUUUCUAUCAUUGCUCCUACUAUGGAUUGGAUACAGAUGGAGCUAAAUGAUGAUACAGGACUGCUACCAAUUGUAAACAACAGUUGCUCGAUAAAGGAUUGUGUCUACGAAGGAGCAAACGCUCGGGGAGUACCUCAUGACUGCGCUAUUCAAGCGGUUUGUCUCCCAGACAAAGACAACCCCACAGCUAUGUGCACUGCGUGUGAUGAGGCGCAGUGCGCGGCUCAGAACCUCACGUGUGGCAGAGUGCCAGUUAAACAGAACGGUCACGUGCUAAUGUGCGUAAACGAGACAACUAUUUGCAACCCAGACUCUUUAUUUGGGUAUAACUGUGCGUUCUGUUUGAGAGGCAUACCAGUGUAUUGUACGGAUAAAGACGAGUGCAAAGAGAAUCCUGGUAUGUGUGGGGACGGCGAGUGCACGAACACAGACGGAGGGUACCAGUGCGAGUGCAAAGAAGGACCGUGUCAGAGUGAGGGGUGCACUGAUGCUUUGUGUGGCAACAACAGUUGUUAUCAGCAGACUAACGACACGGUCACGCACACUGUAUGUGGGGAGGAGAGUGCACUUAUUGUAGUAAAGGAGGUAGGGGACAUGGCAGUGCUGGAGUGUACUGGUCUGCUUUACAUGAAAAUAGACGCUUGGUUUGUAGGGGAAAAGAAGCUAAGACAAGCAACGGCUACCACUAGGACACAUGUAAUAAACAGAAAAAAGCUCAAAGAGGAAACCAUGGUGACCUGUCAGCUACGAUCAAGAUGGUUUGGAAAGAUCGUAAGACAUUCUGUUCUUGUUCAACCGAUAAUUAAAAGGGAUAAGGAAUCAAAAAAUAAGAAAAAGUCGGAUACUGGCAAGAAGAAAAAGAAAUCGGAUAAUAGAAAGAAAAAGAAUAAAGAAAGCAAAGGAAAGUCAAAGGGUAAGAAUUCGAAGAAAUCGAAGAAAGGAAAAGAUUAGUUGGAGUACAGUAUGAAGAGGCGGACCUUCUGUUCUUUAGAGAUAUAAACCUAUAUUGUUAUUGAGUGC